AUGGCUUUAGCCUCGGCUGUUGGGCUUCUAUUCGCAGUGCACAACAACUCACCUCAGUGCGCCUCGUUUCCGCGGCUCGCGGCUCCGAAGGCUAUACCUGGCAAGGUUGAGACCGCCAUCCGGACCUAUCAGAACGCUUACGAGAGCCGCCACCUGCACCAGCUGCAGCGUUUCUUGGGGGUGCGCCUUGGGCAGAAUCCCAAUGAUCAGCAGGUGAUUUCUGAGAUACUGUACGACGUGAAGCCAGAUCUCAUCGUGGAGACUGGCACGAAUUCAGGCGGUAGUGCAAUAUGGUUGGUGUCUUUGAUGUCGUUCAUCAAUCCGUCGUGCAAGGUGAUUACGGCUGAUCCUCGAACACCAGAUGAUUGGGCUGCACACUGGAAUGCGAGUGGAUUGAGAGCGGCUGAGUUGCCAAGCGCAAAGCCUCAAUGGAAGCGCGUUGAGUACUACAAGGGGUUCUCCACAGAUCGCGCUUUCAUUGAGCGAGUAGCCUUGCUGUCCGCAGACGCCGAGAGGGUGCUGGUGCUUCUGGACAGCGACCACAGCCUCGGGACCGUGAAGGCAGAGCUUGAGGCCUUGCACCGGUUUGUGACCCCGGGCAGCUACAUCAUCGUAGAGGACACGUACUCCACGAUCAAACCGGGCGUAGCCGCCAAGGCCUUUGUGGCUUCGUCAGCGACGCUGGUCGUGAGUACCUCAUGUUCUCGCAGCACCGGGGUGGCUACUUGA